UUCUCCCUGAGAAGUUUUGCCUGUCGCCUGGUCUUUGGGACAGCCUGUCACACAUCAUCUCUAUAGCCUCACCAACUGGGAAACUAACUCACCUGCAAUCUCUCCAACCAAAUAAACCCCCCCACCAACGUUUUGACUACUGCCAUCUGACAUGGAGACCCAGCAAAGACACGGACCCCACUCACUUUGCCACACCUGCCGGAGAACGGAGAGCAGCAGAAUGAAGGUCAGGAAAAUGUCUUCGUCCAGUCCUGCGCUGCUGUUUGCACUGGCCCUGACGCUCUACGUUGUGGAAAUGGCCUCGGCGGAGACGCUGUGUGGGGGAGAGCUGGUGGAUGCGCUGCAGUUUGUCUGUGAAGACAGAGGCUUCUAUUUCAGUAGGCCAACCAGCAGGGGUAGCAACCGGCGCCCCCAGAACCGUGGGAUCGUAGAGGAGUGUUGUUUCCGUAGCUGUGACCUCAACCUGCUGGAGCAGUACUGUGCCAAACCCGCCAAGUCCGAAAGGGACGUGUCGGCCACCUCUCUACAGGUCAUUCCCGUGAUGCCCGCACUAAAACAGGAAGUCCCAAGGAAGCAGCAUGUGACCGUGAAGUAUUCCAAAUACGAGGUGUGGCAGAGGAAGGCGGCCCAGCGGCUCCGGAGGGGUGUCCCCGCCAUCCUGAGGGCCAAAAAGUUUCGGAAGCAGGCGGAGAAGAUCAAAGCACAGGAGCAAGCAAUCUUCCACAGGCCCCUGAUCAGCCUUCCCAGCAAACUGCCUCCCGUCUUGCUCGCCACGGACAACUAUGUCAACCACAAAUGAGCCCGCUGCCAGCCCUUUGCACAGACAAGAGUUUGGAGGGAGAAAAAAAGACUAGGGGAUUAUAGCUUUGUCUCUGACGUCAUUUCUGUGGCAGUCCUCUCUGACCUCCCCUGCCCUGUCCGAGCCCACCAAUCCCUCCCCCUGCUCUCAUCCACUACUUCUUGACCCCCUGGCCCUUUUCUAAUGCCCCCGUCAAACCCACCCAUCCACCCUCCUCCGGCACACAAACAUGCCUUCACAUUCUUCCUGUCUGAACUCUUACGCUCCCUCUCUCUUUCAGUCACUGACACAAAAGGCACAAACACAAAUGAUGAACAAAAAGUUAACAAUUCGGCUGAAUGCAAUUCAGGUGGAUCCUUAAGCAAAAGAGAAAAGGGAAGGGAGAAAAGAAGAUGAAAGAGAUCUGUGGUUUGCAAGUGUCAAGAGGACACCCAGCGGAAUGUUUUUUUGUCCUUGUGGAAGACAGCUGAAAGUGAAGAGCAGCUUGCAUGAAAGAAUCCAUUCCACAUCAUUUUUCCUGAGGCAAAAAGAAAACUUAGUUCUUUUUCUUAUUAGUUUGCACCUCUACCUAUAAAGGGACUUCCACACUGUAAGGAAUUAUUUUGUAAAAUUAGAUUCCUGUUCCAGCACCUUUUGAUCACAAACAAAAAGCAGAAAAGAGUCUGCAAAAUUGCACAUUGCCACGGAUUACGUCAAAGUAAAGAAAAAAAUGGCACUAUUUUUUUAUGAACAAUGAACGUGUAGCUUAAAAAAAUGUCAUGGUGCUAGCUUUGGGAAUGGACUCAAAGAAGAGGUUGAAAAGCACGUUUUUUUUUUCUUUGAAUGAAUUUUAAAACUUUCCGUUUUAAGGAAAGUGUGACUUUUAAAAAAUGGAAAAUAAAGGAUAUGGGGGAGCUCCUGGCAGUGGCAAUGUCAAGGGGGAAGUGUCACUGAGAAAAGAUAUGGGCUGUGUUGGCAUCUAGGCUCACAGUGCUAGCGGCUGCUCAUCACUAGCUUGCCAGCAUUAAGUGGCAAGGGGGACCUGAGACCCAGUCCCUGUUCCUCCUGUCCCUCUGAGGCUGCCGGACACAGGGAGCAGUGUGGGGACACAUAUGGGACACCGUGGACCGCCUGGAUUGGGACAGUACUACAGUUCUGGGACAGUACUUCCUGUUUGCCAUGGCUUUGCAGACUGCUCUGACAGGAAGUAACAUGGCAUGGACAAAGAGCGAGUGGGAUAAUGAUGAUUAUAUUUUAUUUUGUCUUUUUUUUUUCUGUUUUCUUUUCAUAUCAAUGUUUCAAUGAAAAAAAGGAAAACCCUGUCAGUUUCUGGUACCGUGACAUUCCUGUUUUUCCAAGUUAGGCAUUUUUUUUGUUUCUAUGGUUAAUGUUAUAAUGUUAUUUUACAGUUCUAAAGAAAGGCACAAAAUUUCAAUUCAAAGGGAAAAAAACAGCAAUAAUGUCAAACUAACAUUUUAUUUUUAUUGUAUAUCAGUAGUAUUCACAUGCUUUUGCCUGAAAACAAAUACUUGAAUAUAUAUAUAUAUAUACAUCUAUAUAUAUAUAUAAAUAUAUAUAUAAAUAUAGAUAUAUAAUUAGUUUCCAGGGACGUUGUGUUAUUUUCCUUUAGUCUGAGCUGUAUCUUGCGUAAUGAGCCGCCAAGCUUUUUUGUGUGUUUGUUGAAAUACAAAUAAGGGCACUGUAUAAAGGCAUUAUUUAUUUUGUUAUAAAAUAUAUUUGAAAAAUUGGUCCAAAUAAUAUACGUAGCACUGAUGCUCAACUGACGGAUUUAUUUUGUAUGAUCUCUGUUUUCCAAUUGGAGUUGUAAGGCUUUUUUGUAGAUGCUUUGUACCAAAAAUAAUGUCUUUUUUUUCUCCUUUUUUUGUUUGCCAUAGUUACUUUAAAUUAAUAUUUUAACAGCAGCAUAGCCUGGAUUGCUUAGGCAUGUUAUGUCACAGAAAUAGGCACAUACUCUGAAUACGCUGGUCUGCAUGGAUUUCCAGAAGCCUGUCAGGGUUGUCUGUGAAAAAGGAAAGCAUCAGUGAGUGACUUUUUAUCAUUGGAAAAAUAACUGUUCAACAUUGAUUGUACUCAAACCCACUAUGUUUUUAAAGCCACUUUAGUAUUGCUGGCGGGGGGAAUGAUCAGUCCUUCAUUAAAUCAUGUCUUUGUAAUUGCGCAUGGUGUCCUAUGAUCUUCUAAGGAGCAUCUUGCGGAUGUGCCAGUGCCACUGCCGUGUGUUGGUUUGGGUCACGAGGCCAUAAAUGUCCGGUCGGCUGUAGGUAUCGGGUUUAGCUUACAUGUGACUUACACGUGUCGGUGCCGUAAUUGGAGGUAGUGAUGUCGUUAGGAUGCUAGCAACCAUCAAAGGUCACCUAAAGGUCAUUGUCUAUCAAGGAGAGAUUAUCAUCGCUCAACACCUCACUGUUCUAUCUAUCUAUCUAUCUAUCUAUCUAUCUAUCUAUCUAUCUAUCUAUCUAUCUAUCUAUCUAUCUAUCUAUCUAUCUCUUCUCUGUAGAAGACAAUGUCCCUGAUCUUAUGCGUCAUCGGUGUAUAUCUGUGUUUGCAUGGUGGGGGUAGGGGUGCAGGGUUGUUAGCCUGCCAUUCACCCCUCACAAUCUUCCAAUCAUCCAACCAUUAUGCAUUUGAUGAAGGGCUGUCACGCUGAACCAUUUCUGAAAGCACUCAGGAAAAAAAAAGAAAAAAAGAAAGAAAACAAUCUAUGCUCUCCGAGGGAGAAGUAGAGUAGUUGCUGAGUGUAAGUGAUAAUCUUGUUGUGGAAGGGCAGCUGAGGUUGUUACAUGUACCUGGCCACAAUGAUACAGCUCUCUGUAACAAACCACUGAAGCCCAUGUCAGAAACAAGGUCAUUCUGUGCCACACUAUAGUUUCCUCCUCCUCCAUUGUGUCAUGCGUCACCGAAUGAUAUGGAGACUGAAUGGAUGCUCGCCAUACUGUGGUGGAGAGUCAACCCAUUACUUUAUAUCUUCUUUCUGUCAGAGAGAUCUCAAUUAUCAAGGCUGCGUCCUGUCUCUAAUUAUAUUCUACUUCAGUUGUGCAACAAAGCAGGCAGUGCAAUUAUUAUUAUUGUUAUUAUUAUUAUUAUUAUUAUUAUAUUUUUAUUUCAUUCGAUAUUUUCCUGCUAGGACUGCAUUCAUUCACUAUUGUAAUGUUCAAACAGGCUACUCUAGUGUUCUAAUGAAUGGCGUGAAAGACAACCACUUCUUUUCGCUGAAUAUGAAGAGAUAUAUUGCCGAGCAAUGGCAACUUUUUCUGUGUCAGUAGCUCACUCAGCCUGUGUGUAUUUUAUUGAUUUAACCUCUGCACGCUAGAACGUCCGAAAUGCACAAUUCAUGUACUUUCAUUUUUAAUAUCAAUAAAAAAAAAACAUUUUAUCAAACGUACAA